UUAACAGAACGGAACAGUAUUCAGUGUGAUCUUCUUUUUCUUUUAUGUGCGUGACUCAGUACACUUUAAAAAAUAGCUUUAUUGAGAUAUAAUUUACAUACCCUAUAGUCCACCCAUUUAAAGAAUACAACUGAAUGAUUUUUAGUAUAUUUACAAAGUUGUGCAACCAUCACUAUAAUGCAAUUUUAGAGCAUUUUCAUCACCUCCCCAAAACCUCCCUAUUCUUCCCCUCCACUAUUCCUUAGUCCCAGGCCACCCUUAAUCUACUUUCUGUCCUUACAGGCUUGCCUAUUUGUGGACAUUUUAUAUAAAUAAAAUCACCCAAUAGGUUAAAUUAUAUGAAAUUAUACAAUAGGUUAAAUAUGAGUAUUUAACAUAAAUCGACAUAAACUCGUGUUGGAUGCUUAGACAGGGGGCCCUGGAAAGUAGAACCCUAAGAGUAACCAGAUAGGAACCUAACAGAGAAAGCAGUUUUCCCUUCUGCCCUUUCCCCUCUUCUCGCUGGCAGGCUUGAUCCUCAUUAAGGUUUGCUCAAAUGUUUGGAAGUGAAUUUAGGGCCCUCCCCCCAACUUAUGAUUUUAUAGCCAAUAGGUGAUGAGGUUUAUUUGCAUAUUUCCAGUCACAUAAGCAGCCUUGGAGUGGAAACAGUGUCAGACUCGAUUCCUCCUCCUACUCAGAGAAAACCUGUCACUUCUAGCUGUCCUGCCCUCCCUUUUAAAGGGCGACUUGCCCUGCGCCGGGACCGCGGCUCCAGCCCUCUCGCGCCACCCGCUGAGCGCGUCCAUCAGUCAGUCCACGCGCUGUCUGCGCUGUGCGGCUCCUACCGAAGGACGCGACCCGAGAUGGACAGCAAAACACUGCUCCUGGUCGCCCUGGGCGCGUGGCUCCUGAGUUUGACCUCCUCCCGCGGAGCGGUGGCCGGCGCAGACCGAAUUAUAGGAGGAAGAGAUUUCAUGGACAUCGAAAGUAAAUUUGCCUUAAGGACCCCUGAAGAAACAGCUGAGGACACUUGCCACCUCAUUCCUGGAGUGGCAGAAUCUGUGGCUAACUGCCACUUCAACCACAGCAGCAAAACUUUUGUGGUGAUCCACGGCUGGACGGUGACGGGCAUGUAUGAGAGUUGGGUGCCCAAACUUGUGGCCGCCCUGUACAAGAGGGAACCAGACUCCAACGUCAUUGUGGUGGACUGGUUGUCACGGGCCCAGCACCAUUAUCCAGUAUCUGCAGGCUACACCAAGCUGGUGGGAAAGGACGUGGCCAGGUUUAUUGACUGGAUGGAGGAAGAGUUUAACUAUCCUCUGGAUAAUGUUCAUCUCUUGGGAUACAGCCUCGGAGCCCAUGCUGCUGGCAUUGCAGGAAGCCUGACCAAUAAGAAGGUCAACAGAAUUACUGGUCUAGAUCCAGCUGGACCUAACUUUGAGUAUGCAGAAGCCCCAAGUCGCCUUUCUCCAGAUGAUGCGUAUUUUGUAGACGUCUUACACACGUUCACCAGAGGGUCACCUGGCCGAAGUAUUGGAAUCCAGAAACCAGUAGGACAUGUCGACAUCUAUCCUAAUGGAGGCACUUUUCAACCAGGAUGUAACAUCGGGGAAGCUAUCCGUGUGAUUGCAGAGAGAGGACUUGGAGAUGUGGACCAACUAGUGAAGUGUUCCCAUGAGCGCUCCAUUCAUCUCUUCAUUGACUCUCUGUUAAAUGAAGAAAAUCCAAGUAAGGCCUACCGGUGCAAUUCAAAGGAAGCCUUUGAAAAAGGGCUCUGUCUGAGUUGCAGAAAGAACCGUUGCAACAAUGUGGGCUACGAGAUCAACAAGGUCAGAGCCAAAAGAAGCAGCAAAAUGUACCUGAAGACCCGUUCUCAGAUGCCCUACAAAGUCUUCCAUUACCAAGUAAAGAUUCAUUUUUCUGGGACUGAAAGUGACACGCAGACCAACCAGGCCUUCGAGAUCUCUCUGUAUGGCACCGUGGCCGAGAGUGAGAACAUCCCUUUCACCCUGCCUGAGGUUUCCACAAAUAAGACAUACUCCUUCCUCAUUUACACGGAGGUGGAUAUCGGGGAACUGCUGAUGCUGAAGCUGAAAUGGAAGAGCGACUCCUACUUCAGCUGGUCGGACUGGUGGAGCAGCCCCGGCUUUGCUGUUGAGAAGAUCAGAGUAAAAGCAGGAGAGACGCAAAAAAAGGUGAUCUUCUGUUCCAGGGAGAAAGUGUCUCAUUUGCAGAAAGGAAAGGCACCUGCGGUAUUUGUGAAAUGCCAUGACAAGUCUCUGAAUAAAAAGUCAGGCUGAAACUGAGCAGAUCUACAGAGAGAGGAGGAGCACAUGAAUUCUGCGAAGAGUGAAAUGAAUGAAGUAACUUUUACAAAGGAUGCCCAGAGCUUUGCGUGUCUAAAAGUGGAUUUUACUGAGUAUUAACCCCAGCUAUAUCUUUGUUCAUUAUUUUAGGACACAGUCUCAAACACUAAAAAGUGGCUAAUUCCAUUUGAGGAAUCUAGUGGCCAAAUAGUGCAUCCUCCCACAUUAAAAGAGAGCAGAUAUGAAAA